AUGGCAGAUAUGACAUUGCCUGACCCAGCUCCAGCACCACAUUAUUAUGACUAUGGAGAUGAUGACAGAACACCACAUGUAGAUGAACAAAAGCUAACAUUAUAUUUAUAUUAUUAUAGAUAUAAAAGAUAUAAUGCAAUAGAAAAAACGAGAAUAGUAUAUUAUUAUACAGAUGACAGAAAUAAAUAUUAUAGUCAAGAUUUUACCUACCCUGAAAACAUAAGAUUAUAUUAUAAAAAAUAUUCUGACACAAACCAGAAGAAACCUGAAAUAGUUGCACUAUAUUUUAAGUUCAAAAGAGACAAUCCUAUAAUAUCUCAUAUGUUUGAUUUAAUGAACCCAGUAGGUUCUAUUUAUACAUCUAUGGAUGCAAGAGGUCCUCAAGUAAUGUUUGGUGUUGGUGCAUGGGAACAAAUAGUCGACAGGUUUUUGUAUUGUGCAAACUCUUCAAAGGAAACAGGUGGAAGUAAAACGAUUUCAGGUGAAAAUUUACCUGCACACAGUCACUACAUAGAUUUAAGUACAUCUCAAGCAGGUUGGCAUAAGCAUAGAUAUUGGGAUUGGUCAGGAAUGACAAAAGGUAAAGGAUAUGAUGUUAAAGACGAGGUUAAGUUUGCUAUAAAUUGUUACUGGAGUGACACUCAGGGAGAAGGAAACCAUACACAUUUCGUUUCAGGAUAUACGCAAACAACGGGACAAAGUAAAGAAUACAUGCCACCUUACAUGACAGUUUACGCAUGGUAUAGAGUUCAAUGA